AUGGCCCCGAAAGGCAGAAUCCGGCUGAGGCUAACGCGCUCGUCUGGCGCCGCCGCAGAGAGCACACCCAAGAACUUCGCCGACCUCGAAGAUGAACCCAUGGCCGACGCCGCUGCGGACAAUGCUUCAGAGCACGAGGAGCCGCCGGCGCAAGACGACAACGACGACGAAGAGGCCGAGCGCAAGGGAGACGACUCGGCCGACGAUGACGAAGAAGCAAAGGAGGAGGAGUCCGCCAAGGAGCCCUCGCCGCCACCCCAGCCCGUCAUCCGGAGAAAGCGGCUGGGCCGACCGCCCAAGAACAAGCCCCCAGACUGGGACCCCAUGGUCACCGUGACCGAGGACACGCCCCGGCGCAGGGGACGCGGCGGCUGGAGGGGACGAGGAGGCCGCAAGGGAGGCGCGCCUCCGCCCAAGGCCGAGCAGGUCAUCGACGCCGAGGGCACCGUCGCCGAGAUUGUCGACGACGAGUGCGUCCUGCCCGACGACCCGGAGGGCGAGACCAAGGUCGACAAGCUGGGCAACCUCGAGGGCGGACGCGAGUACCGUUGCCGCACCUUUACCGUCAUGGGCCGAGGGGACAGGCUCUACAUGUUGUCGACGGAGCCCGCCCGAUGCGUGGGCUUCAGGGACAGCUAUCUCUUCUUCACCAAGCACCGAAAGCUCUACAAGAUCAUUGUCGAUGACGACGAGAAGCGCGACAUGAUUGAGCGCGACAUCAUCCCGCACUCGUACAAGGGUCGCUCGAUAGGCGUCGUUACGGCCCGGUCCGUGUUCAGAGAAUUUGGCGCGCGCAUUAUAGUCGGUGGCAAGCGGAUCCACGACGACUACAACGUGGCCCAGGCUCGCGCGGAGGGCGUUGUCGAGGGGCAGCUCGCGGACCCAGACGACCACUUCGUGCCCGGCGAGCCGUACAACAAGAACCAGUACGUGGCGUGGCACGGAGCCAGCGCCGUCUACCACACCAACGUGCCGUCGGUGCCGGUGCCAAGCGGCAAGCCAGAGUACAAGAAGCGCAAGGUCAAUGUCAACGACACCAAUUGGAUGCUGGAACAUGCACGAGAGGCGAGCAUAUUCAACUCUGGCAUCAACGCCAUUCGCAAGCUGAACAACGCUGGCGUUUACGACAUUCACACCAACGUCAUGCAGUACCCAGCUAUCAUGCAGCCCACACUGGCGCGGAUCGAGCAGGUUGCGCCCGAGGACGAGGACGCCACGAGAGGCAGCAGCCGGUUCCCACCCGUCUCGGCAAAGGUGGCGAGGAAUUUCAUGGUCACCGACACGUACUUUGAGAGCCCGCCCGCCGGCGCCGCGCCCGUGGCCAUGGACGCGGACGACUCGGCCGACUUUUUGUCGUCAUUCAACGGCCUGUCCGCGGUUUCGGACGACGUCAAGGACCUGCUGCCGCCGGAGUGCCGCAAGGCGUUUGACGAGGCCCUGGGCAGCGACGCUGAGUGGAAGUCGCGGUGGGGACCCGAAAGCAGCAAGAUGGCGCGGCGCGGCCCCGUCAUUGACAAGGCUAUUGUGCCCUACAGCAUGGGCUGA